GCUAAUAAGCCAAGUUUAACCAAUCAACCUUCCUUGCUUUAUACCAUUAAAGCCCAUUAUUCUGCUUCAGAGGUUGACAUGAAGACCAUGGAUCAGAAACCCCCUUCAAGUUGGCCUGAUGUUUCACAUGUACCUGAGUCUUAUGUGCACCCACUAGAAAAGAGACCUGGGAAACUCUUUUUUGAUACUUGCAAAACCAUUCCAGUCGUUGAUCUUGAGGGUUAUUAUGAUCAAACACAUGUUGUUCAGGAUGUUUUGAAAGCUACAAAAGAGUUUGGAUUUUUCCAGUUGGGAUUAGCAUUCUGGAACAAGAUAUGUACAAAGGUAAUCAACCAUGGAGUUUCCAAGAAAUUAAUGGAUGACACAAUGGCUGUUUUCAAAGAAUUCCACGCCAUGCGUCCAGAGGAUAAGGCUAGUGAAUGUUCCAAGGACCCUAAUAGAAGCUGCAAGUUCUACACCAGCAGUGAAAAUUUUUCAAAAGAGGAAUUUCACUACUGGAGGGAUGCACUAACGCACCCUUGUCAUUCUUUGGAGGAAUACAUGCAAUUUUGGCCUAGAAAGCCAAUUAGAUACCGAGAGGUUGUUAAGGAAUAUGCGGUAGAAUUGAAAAAGUUGGGUGAGAAAAUUUUGAAUCUGAUUUGUGAAGGACUUGGACUUGACACUGGUUAUUUCAGUGGUGGACACAGUGGAGAUCCUGUACUGUUAGUUAAUCACUAUCCACCAUGCCCAGAUCCAAGCUUGACCUUAGGAUUGGCCAAACACCGAGACCCUAGCCUCAUCACCAUUUUAUUUCAAGAACAAAAUGGACUUCAAGUCUGCAAAGGCGAUGAAUGGAUUCUUGUUGAGCCUGUUCCUCAUGCCUUCGUUAUUAACGUUGGCUAUGUACUACAGAUUAUCAGCAAUGGGGAGCUCAAGGGUGCUGAACAUCGAGCAGUCACAAAUUCAAGUGUUCCUCGAACAUCGGCUGCCUUCUUUAUUUAUCCUUCUAAAGAUGACCUUAUAGAACCUGCAAAAGCUCUUACAAAUGCAGACAAUCCCCCACUCUAUGGUUCCAUGCAAUUCAAAGAGUUUCAAAGGAACUACUUAUCUUAUGCUGCGAAUGCUGAAAAAGUUCAGAAGUUUAUUAGCUCCAUCUAGCUAUAACUUAUGGAGCGAGAGAAGAAGAUGCCAUUCUCUUUGGCAUUUCCUUGUGAAAGUUUUUUAUGAUGUUUGUGUUCUCUUUGGCAUCAACUAGAUUGUAAUGAAUGGCGCUAUGAUUUCUAAGUAUGUAAACCAAAUUAUAGAUCACUCUUAGUGUAUAAAGUAUGGUAUAUCAUGAAGCAGGCUAUAUGGAUGCAUAUUUUUACA